UAUGAGGCUGUUUCUGGGGUUGUGCCCAGCCUUUUAGAGAAGGAGGAGAAAAAGAGGGAAUGUGUUUAUUUUAUUUCAUCCGAGAGAAGACACAGCGAGAUUUAGGGUCAUCUGUGAAACUUCUGGAAGUGUCAUCAGAUCACAUUAUCGCAAAACACCUCCUUUAAGGUUAUCAUUGGAUCAUGGGCCUCUCCCUACAGUUCUUUAGCAUUGUGGGGUUUUUGUGUCUGGUACCAAGCACAUCUUGUCCGACUGCUUGUCGUUGCACUAGUACAGCCCGUCUUUCUGCAGACUGCUCUUACCGCAAACUAAUGCAUGUACCAGAAGAUCUUCCGGUCAGUCUUAAUCAGCUUACCCUUGCUGUCAACCAGAUAACUGACCUCAAUUGCAGCUCCUUUGCCAACAGCCCGGGACUGACAUCACUGUGGCUGGCAUAUAACCAGAUAACUACCAUACACCCCGGCACAUUUCAGAACCUUACACAACUGAUAAAUCUGGACCUAAGUCAUAACCAAAUCGUGGACUUCCCAUGGAGUGAUUUAGCUACACUUGAAAAACUCCAGCUCCUAAACCUCAACAACAACCAGCUGCUUACUCUUCCACCUGGAGCACUGAAUAACUGUAGAAGUUUACGAUCCCUGCAGCUUAGCAGCAAUCGGUUAUAUUCCCUGCCUGAAGGACUUUUUCAUACACUGAUCUCUUUGUCACACCUUCAGCUCCAUAGUAACUCCUUCCACUGCUCUUGCUCAUUGGCAUGGUUAAUGGAAUGGCUUCAAAAGGCUGAGAUUACCAUUGAUCGAAAAGGUGAUAUUGUCUGUUUAUCGCCCAAUGAGUUCAAGGGUGUCUCAUUGGAAAAGGUUCCUGAUUUACAAUGCAGGAAACCUCUGGAGAUAGUAGGCGAUGAUCCUGUAUUGGUUGAUACGUUGUUGCUUUGCAAAGAAGUAGGAUUCCCUUAUGUCAUGAUUCUUAAAGACAGCAGGGAGCACAAUAGCUACAAUGAGAUUGAGGUUGCUAUUAGAAAACUUGUCAAUGGAAGCUUCACAGUAACUCCCGUUAAGAAAGAUAUGGCCUACCUUUGUCGAGUGUACAAUCACACAUCACAAACUACUGGAGACAUUUCUGUAUCCAUUUCCCAGACAAUUCCAGGCUGGCCAAUGGAGCCAAGAGAAAAGCUACUACUGUUUCUUGUGUCUGGGAAAGUGAGAUCUGAGGCUAAUGCAGCUUCAUGUGUUAUGGCUGUACCUAGGCUAUGGUGGCAGGCUUUGCUUGUGUUGAUGUGGCAGAGAAUUCCAUGAAUACAUGGGAGAGGGUGAUCUCACACUGUGUCCUCUGGGAAACUCUCUGAAUAUUAUAUGACUAUCACAUAUGAUGAGCAGAAAGACAUAGUCUGUAUUACAUAGACACAAACUACUGUAUAGGUUUGUAGCUUACACACAAGGGUCUCAUAUUUAGUACACCAGAAUAAUACAUGGCAGCAAAAUAUGUGAAAUAACAGUAAUAAAGUAAGUAGAAGGAAAUCUGUAGGUGAUUAAUAUAAUCAUAAGGUUAAAACAGAGAUAAGACUAAAUUAACUUGAAUCAGCUCCUGCAUAUGAAGGUAGUAAUUCAAGACCAUCAACAUAACACAUAAUCAACAGAUUCAAGUGAACAAAAUGAACUAAUGGAGAAAUAUAUUUUACUAAAACGACAAAAAUAAAGGGGCCACUGUUUUGCUAAAAACCCCACUCUGCCCAGCAGUGCAUCUAGGGGAUAGGAGGGAAAGGAGGUGGGAGGUAGACUAUGUCACUGGAAUGUCCCUGGUUUGUGCCAGGUGCUAUGUUGGAUGCAGGGGAGAUCCACCAUUGAUGCUUCUGGAUCUCCGAUGGAUCAGAAGAGAUGGGUUGUGGAUUAGAGUAUACGCGAGGCUCCAGCGAGCACGGGCAAGGUGAGAACGUGCACCCUUCAGAUAUCGACCAUCUGCUGGCAUGAGGUGAAUACCUGGGCAGACAGAAACAAGGUGCUUAGUACUUUGCAAAUUGUAUGUGACUAUAAAGACAUUCAAAGGAUAGGAAACAGAAAGUAAACAUAAACAAAAAUUGCAGUUAUUGUUAAUAAAAAUUCCAACUUGUCUUACUGAUA